AUGGCCCUUCACUCUAUUUCCCCUCACUUCGAUUCCCCUUCAAAUAUAUUUCCCCUCACUCAUUUUCCCCUCACUUUUAUUCCCUCUCACUCCAUUCCCCCUCACUUCAAUUCCCCUCACUUCCAUCCCCCCUCACUCUCUUCCCCCUCAAUUCAUUUCCCCUCACUUGUUUUCCCCCUCACUCAAUUUCCCCUCACUUCCAUUCCCCCUUACUAUCUUUCCCCUUACUCUUUUUUCCCUCGCUUCUGUUCCCCCUCACUCUAUUCCUCCUCACUUUAUUUCCCCUCACUAAUAUUGCCCUUCACUCUAUUUCCCCUCACUUCCAUUCCCCCACACUUAUAUUUCCCCUCACUCAUUUUCCCUUCACUUUCAUUCCCUCUCACUCCAUUCCCCCUCACUUCAUUUUCCCUCACUUCCAUCCCCCCUCACUUUCUUCCCCCUCACUUCAAUUCCCGUCACUUGUAUUCCCCCUCACUCAAUUUCCCCUCACUUCCAUUCCCCCUCAUCCCUUUGUAUUCACCCUCACUCAAUUUCCCUUCACUUCCAUUCCCCCUCAUCCCUGUCCCCCUCACUUUGUUUCCCCUCACUUCCAUUCCCCCUCACUCUCUUCCCCCUCACUACAUUUCCCCUCAAUUGUAUUUCCCCUCACUCUUUUUCCCCUCACUUUUGUUCCCCCUCACUCUAUUCCCCCUCACUUUAUUCCCCCUUGCUAAUAUUGCCCUUCACUCUAUUUCACUCACUUCCAAUCCCCUUCAAAUAUAUUUCCCCUCACUCAUUUUCCCCUCACUUUCAUUCCCUCUCACUCCAUUCCCCCUCACUUCAUUUCCUCUUUAUUCCAUCCCCCAUAACUUUCUUCCCCCUCAAUUCAUUUCCCCUCACUUGUAUUCCCCCUCACUCGUUUCCCCUCACUUCCAUUCCCCCUCAUCCCUAUCCCCCUCACUUACUUUCCCCUCACUUCCAUUCCCCCUAACUCUCUUCCCCCUCACUUCAUUUCCCCUCACUUAUCUUUCCCCUCACUCUUUUUCCCCUCGCUUCUGUUCCCCCUCACUUUAUUUCGCCUCAAUUAUAUUGCCCUUCACUCUAUUUCCCCUCACUUCCAUUCCCCCUCACUUAUAUUUCCCCUCACUCAUUUUCCCUUCACUUUCAUUCCUUCUCACUCCAUUCCCCCUCACUUCAUUUCGCCUCACUUGUAUUCCCCCUCACUCGUUUCCCCUCACUUCCAUUCCCCCUCAUCCCUGUCCCCCUCACUUUGUUUCCCCUCACUUCCAUUCCCCCUCACUCUCUUACGCCUCACUACAUUUCCCCUCGAUUAUAUUUCCCCUCACUCUAUUCUCCCUCACUCUAUUCUCCCUCACACUAUUUCCCCUCACUUCCAUUCCCCCUCACUUAUAUUUCCCCUCACUCAUUUUCCCUUCAAUUUCAUUCCCUCUCACUCCAUUCCCCCUCACUUCAUUUCCCCUAAUUUCCAUCCCCCUGCACUCUCUUCCCCCUCAUUUCAUUUCCCCUUGCUUGUAUUCCCCCUCACUCAAUUUCCCCUCACUUCCAUUUCCCCUCAUCCCUGUCCCCCUCACUUUGUUUCCCCUCACUUCCAUUCCCCCUCACUCUCUUCCCCCUCACAUCAUUUCCCCUCACUUGUAUUCCCCCUCACUCAAUUUCCCCUCACUUCCAUUCCCCCUUACUCUCUUUUCCCUCACUCUUUUUCCCCUCGCUUCUGUUCCCCCUCACUCUAUUCCCCCUCACUUUAUUUCCCCUCACAAAUAUUGCCCUUCGCUCUAUUUCCCCUCACUUCCAUUCCCCCUCACUCUCUUCCCCAUCACAUCAUUUCCCCUCACUUGUAUUCCCCCUCACUCAAUUUCCCCUCACUUCCAUUCCCCCUUACUCUCUUUCCCCUCACUCUUUUUCCCCUCGCUUCUGUUCCCCCUCACUCUAUUCCCCCUCACUUUAUUCCCCCUCACAAAUAUUGCCCUUCGCUCUAUUUCCCCUCACUUCCAUUCCCCCUUACUUAUAUUCCCUUCACUCAUUUUCCCUUCACUUUCAUUCCCUCUCACUCCAUUCCCCCUCUCUUCAUUUCCCCUCACUUCCAGCCGCCCUCACUCUCUUCUCCAUCACUUCAUUUCCCUUCACUUGUAUUCCCCCUCACUCAAUUUCCCCUCACUUUCAUUCCCCCUCAUCCCUGUCCCCCUCACUUUGUUUCCCCUCACUUCCAUUCCCCCUCACUCUCUUACCCCUCACUACAUUUCCCCUCACUUUGUUUCCCCUUACUUCCAUUCCCCCUCACUCUCUUCCCCCUCACUUCAUUUCCCCUCACUUGUAUUCCCCCUCACUCAAUUUCCCCUCACUUCCAUUCCCCCUUACUCUCUUUCCCCUAUAUCUUUUUCCCCUCGCUUCUGUUCCCCCUCACUCUAUUCCCUCUCACUCAAUUUCCCCUCACUUCCAUUCCCCCUUACUCUCUUUCCCCUCACUCUUUUUCCCCUCGCUUCUGUUCCCCCUCACUCUAUUCCCCCUCACUUGAUUCCCCCUCACUUCCAUUCCCCCUCACUGUCUCCCCUCACUCUUUUUCCCCUCACUUCUGUUCCCCCUCACUCUUUUCCCCCUCACUUUAUUCCCCCUCACUUCCAUUCCCCCUCACUUAUGUUUCCCCUCACUCAUUUUCCCUUCAAUUUCAUUCCCUCUCACUCCAUUCCCCCUCACUUCAUUUCCCCUCACUUCCAUCCCCUCUCACUCUCUUCCCCCUCACUUCAUUUCCCCUCACUUGUAUCCCCCCUCACUCAAUUUCCUCUCACUUCCAUUCCCCCUCAUCCCUGUCCCCCUAACUUUGUUUCCCCUCACUUCCAUUCCCCCUCACUCUCUUCCCCCUCACUUCAUUUCCCCUCACUUGUAUUCCCCCUCACUCAAUUUCCCCUCACUUCCAUUCUCCCUCAUCCCUGUCCCCCUCACUUUGUUUCCCCCCACUUCCACCCCCCUUCACUCUUUCCCCCCUCACUUCAUUUCCCCUCACUUGUAUUCCCCCUCACUCAAUUUCCCCUCACUUCCAUUCCCCCACAUCCCUGUCCCCCUCACUUUGUUUCCCCUUACUUCCAUCCCCCCUCACUCUCUUCCCCCUCACUUCAUUUCCCCUCACUUGUAUUCCCCCUCACUCAAUUUCCCCUUGAUUCCAUUCCCCCUCAUCCCUGUCCCCCUCACUCUGUUUCCCCUCACUUCUAUUCCCCCUCACUCUCUUACCCCUCACUACAUUUCCCCUCACUUUAA